AAACUAAUUCUGUAAGUACUCUGUGCUGAACUGUAGUGAUUUACAUAACCAAGUUACAUCAAAUGAGCUAGAGGCACUGUCUUGUGAAAUGCAGCUUUCUGUCUGUUGAUGAGCAUUCUGUUUCUACAGGAAAAGUGCCUGUUGCCUCUUUUGAGUGGUUCUACCUGUUCUUUAAGACAAACAAGUGCCUUUUAUGUUCAGGGUCCCUUCACUUUCUGCUGACUUCAGGUGAAAUUGCAGCAUGAUCAAAGAGAGAAGUGGGAGGCUUUCUUACCUACCCCUUCACUUUCUACUCCUCUGAUUCUCCAACUGCAGGCAUCCCUUAACUCCUGUUGACAUUAGCAGCUCUCAGAAUAGCCAAGCAAGUGCUUCGUUUGAGCCAUAGACUAAUCAUCCUCAAAGGAGACUGCUGAGUUUGAAAGAAGACAAUUUUGCCUAAGAUAUCUCUGCCAAAGAUCUCUAGAUGGAGUGGUUUCUGUUGCAGCUGUUCUGUAUGAUUUUGUUUUCCUGUAUUAAAUGUUGAGCCCCUCUUAAUGGAGUUUUGAUGUUUUCCAGUGAGCGCUUGAUAACAAAGAAUAGUUUUUAAAAAUGUGUAUGAGAGCUUAUUUUCACACAUUUUUAAAGCAUGAGGAAUCCUUCAUUGUUAAAAAUAACAGCUAAUGAUUAAAUUAGUAUUUUAACUUGGAAUGUAAGGAAAGGUAGAGUUAAGCACCCAAUGUAUAAAAAAGUAUUAUCUCUGGCAGCCCUGUAGCCCUCUGAUGUAGUUGAUCUUCUUUUGAAAAGUAUUCAAGAACAGUAUUCAUAUCUUUUACAAUAAUUUUGGUGUUUCGCGUUAGGAUUUUUUCGUGUCAAAUCCUGUACAAAGUUUUUAUUUUUUUAUUUGCAGGGUAAUGUGUGUCUUUACUGAUAGAAAACCUGAAGUAUUUUUUUUGCUCUGAAAGCUGGAAAAUGUUCAAAAAUCAAUAUCAGGGUGGCCCAUUUGUUGAAAUAUUCAGUGCUCAAGGCAAAAACCCAGGAGCAAAAUGGAGGAUUUUUGGCAAUCCAUCAGCUAUACGGAAAGAAUACGAUAAAGAAACAAAGGGCUUUGUUUUUGUACUUGAAGGAAGCAGUCGAAUAAACAGAAUGCAGCUACCAAAGGAAACCAGACAAACUCUGGGACUGAUUCAACCAUUCCUGACACUUCAGAUUUUGGUGCCAUUGGGACAAGACUUCUCCACUGAGUUACUGAUAACUGAUUUAGGAAAUAUUAAAAGAAGAUUAUAUUUAUCAACAGUCCACAAGGAGUUGUCUGUAACCCCUCUGCAUGCAAAAAUUCCUCUGUUUAUGCUCAAGCGCAAAAUAUGGUGCAAUUUGUGUAUUGACCUGUUAGCAUUCACCAGUGAAAUAUUCAGAGGAGCCAUCUUCCAGUCCUUGGAUGGAAUUAUUAUUUCAGCUAACUGUAAGCUGAGGAAGAUCUUCACAUUAAAAUCCAAGCCUCAAGAUACAGCUGAAGAAAAUGAUACGUGCGUUGUUCCAUUUACACCAUGUGAGCCCACAGAUGUUAUUCCUCGAUCCUGCCAGCUAAACACAGAUGUGCCACAAGUUACACAAUUGCUGAACUUGGCUAAAACUCACAAACCAGAAAUAAAAUGCAGGAGUUCUCCAGUGACAAUGCAAGAAACAGCUCGCUUGGUUAACAGAAGACAAGGCAAUAAGAACAGCAUUAAAACUCAGGAUGUGUCACAUAUUGCAUUUGGAUCAAAGAUCCUUGGACCACCUCCAUCUUCAAACAGAAGAGUCGGCACAAGGGUAUCUGGAGAGGUCACAAAGACUGUGGGUAGCAAAAGUAAUAGAUCAUACCAACUUCAAAGUUCAGGAAAAAGAAGUGAAUCCCUACAAAACACUGAGAGACUGGAACUGUCGUUCUCACCAUGCAAUGAUUCUUUAGGUCAAGGAGAUAAAAGAAAUACUCACCAAGCAGCUAAAGAUGUUCAUCAAAAUGACUCUGCAAUUCAGACUCAGAAAACCUUUGAGAAUGGAAGAACAGAUUUUCAGCUUCCCUCACCACAAGAUCCAUCAACAGACAAGAACAAUCAUAGAAGAUUAUGUCUAGAAAAUGCAAACAAAAACACAUGGGAGAUAACCACUGAUGAAUGGGUAUUUCCAGAAAGUUUCACUGAGAACAUUCAGUUGGAUAGGAGCAAGCAGCACGCAGCCACUCAAGAUUCAUCCUGCUGUGAUUUAACCUCACCAGAGACUACCUCUAUUGAACAUCAGCACAAUGAAAUGGGUGAUCACAACAUGAAUCAUAAAGAGAUUUUCACAUUUGCAUCAAGACCUCGUUCAGCUCCUCAUGGGAAAUCCCCAAAUAUAUCACCAGAACACUGUAUUUUUCCUCUGGAUUUGAAGCAAGACGGUAACCACAUCCAGGGGGAAACCCAAACUGAAGAUAACUUUCAAGGAAUUGACAGUAGUGAAGAGGACAACAACAAUGACUUCAUCCAGAGUACUGAGAACCUUGAGAUCAGCUGCAGCAGACAAGGAACUUCUGAUUCAGUAGUUUUUAAAGACAACACAUUAAAGAGGAUAUCACAGAGAAAUGAAUACUGGAAGACUACGGGAUGCAGCAAACAAAACCUCGAGGAAAGCACGGUGUCAAAACCACAGAGUUCCACUGGGCGAAAGACAGAACCCAUCAGCAGUCAGAGAACCUUAAAGCCUACCCUUUCUCUUUCUCCAACUGGAAGUAAAACUGAAUUCCUUAAAGUCAUUCCAGAUGUGUCUGAAAAAACUGAAAAAUCUGAGGGAGUUUCUGGUCAAAUAAAGUCAUCAGUCAGCAAAAACUCCCUCAAGAAGGUCUCGAGAGAAGAUUUGUGUCUGACAACACAGACUUGUGAGUACGACUGGAAGAACUACCAGUCAAGCAGACUGAGUGCAUCCGAACUGCAGAUGCUGGCUAGCAUGAAAAGGCAACAAAAUGAAGAAUUGAAGGAUACAGGAAUCUCACACGGAUUGAGUGCAUCACAGAUAGACAACUGUAACGUUAACAUGAGUACAAGCAGUGAUGAUACAACAACCUGGAAUUCUUGUUUCCCACCACCCGUCAGUCAGGAGCAUCACUAUCAGAAAGAAAUGAGCCCACUUUCACAUUCCAACCCACGAGACUGGUUGGAUGCAUUCAGUCCCCCCAUCACUCCCGCAAGCCAGAAAUUGGAAGAGCACAUAAAAUCUUCAUCAAAUCAGAGUAUUCCAGGUGAAGAUGACCUCAAUGCUGAAGAAGACGAGGAAGUCCUGACUCUUUUGUAUGAUCCAUGUCUGAACUGUUACUUUGACCCAAAUUCUGGGAAGUACUAUGAAUUGGCAUAGUCAGGUCGUGAGGGCACACUGUUUUGUAUUCAGAAUAGAGUUAUAUUUUAACUGUUUUUGAAGUGUGACUGGGCUGUAUAAUUUAUCAUGUGAUUUAAAUCUUGAAGUAACCGGUAGUUUUGCAAACAAAUGAAUAUAUUUUGUACGUAGUGUCUUAUUUUUAUAGUUUCACAUUAAGUUGUACUGCAGUGGAAAAUCAGGUAGCAUGGAAGUUCCAGUGGGGAAGACAUUUAUUUGUUAGUGUCAUUUAUUUCCAGCAUUCAAAGCUUUUACGUAGGAAUGACUGAAGGUGAAUCAAGAGCUUCUGUGGUGGUCAUCUCCAACUUACGGUCUGACUCAAAUAAAAAGAACUUUUUCCAUUCA